CAUCCCACCAAAUCGGUUACAAUGCGGCCCGUCUGUUUGGCAGCACUGCUCGUGGCUUGGUGCAUCGCGGUGCCUGCCUUGGCCGACACGGCCGAGCAGCGCAACUUCGAACCGAGCAGUGAUCCGGCCCUGUUCGCGCUGGACCGUGGUGCCGGCAACGAUGGUCACCUGUACACCUUCGACAAUCUGUCCGUCGUGCAGGAUCCGCGUGCGUACCGGCUGGACGCUGGGGCGCUUGACUUCGUCUACCAUAAUCAUGAGGAGAUGACACGUUAUCUGCGUUCGACUACCGCCCGUUAUCCGAACCUGACGGCACUGUACUCGAUUGGGAAGUCGGCGCAGGGACGCGAUCUGUGGGUGCUGGUUGUGUCGGCCUCACCGUAUGAGCACAUGCUCGGCAAACCGGACGUCAAGUACAUCGGUAAUAUACACGGCAAUGAGGCGGUUGGUCGGGAGCUGCUACUCCAUCUGAUCCAGUACCUCGUGUCGAGUUAUGGGUCUGAUCCGUACAUCAAGUGGCUGCUGGACAAUACGCGCAUCCACAUUCUGCCUUCGCUCAACCCGGACGGGUAUGCCGCAUCGAAGGAGGGCACAUGUGACGGCGGCCAGGGUCGGUACAAUUCCCGUGGGUUCGACCUUAACCGUAACUUCCCGGACUACUUCAAGCAGAACAACAAGCGCUCCCAGCCGGAAACGGAGGCGGUAAAGGACUGGAUCUCGAAAAUACAGUUUGUGCUGAGUGGCUCGCUGCACGGUGGAGCGCUCGUCGUGAGCUACCCGUAUGACAAUACACCGAAUGCUAAAAUCUGUCGAUCUUCGUCUACAUGCGCCGUCUUCCACAGCUACCAGUCGCAACCGUCGUUGACACCGGACGACGACGUGUUCAAGCACCUGUCGCUAACGUACGCGAACAAUCACGGCAAGAUGUCGCGCGGUGUCGCCUGCAAAACUGCAUCGCCCUCGUUCGAAAAUGGUAUCACCAAUGGGGCAGCCUGGUACCCGCUCACCGGUGGCAUGCAGGACUUCAACUACGUCUGGCACGGCUGCAUGGAGGUAACGCUCGAGGUGUCAUGCUGCAAGUUUCCGCCUGCGUUCGAGCUGCGCAAAUACUGGGACGACAAUCAGAUGUCGUUGAUCAAGUUCCUGGCCGAGGCGCACCGGGGCGUGCAGGGUUUCAUUAUGGACCCGACCGGCAAUCCGGUCGAGCGGGCCCAACUCAAGAUAAAGGGACGUGACAUCGGGUUCACCACCACCAAGUACGGUGAGUUCUGGCGCAUUAUGUUGCCGGGUGUGUAUAAGCUGGAGGUGUACGCGGACGGAUUCGUACCGAAGGAUGUCGACUUCAUGAUUGUGGAGCAACAUCCGACGCUGCUUAACGUGACGCUACAGCCGUCAAAGCGUACAACGCACACGCUUGCAAAGCAACACGCAUCUACUAACAAACGGCCACGGAUGAAUAGCGCUCGUACAAAGGUGGCAACGUCCACCGCAGCCACAGCAUCAUCCACUACUACUGUUUCUACCACUACUAACACUAAUUCUAUUACUACCACUUCUACUGCUGCCACUACUACUGGGUCUUUCUCUUCCACUGUAAAGGAUGCAGAAUACAGCGCUCCGUACGACCGUCCGAUAACCUCCACCACGUCCAUUGCCAACAGUGCGUACGGGCCGAAUACCGCUAAUCGUGAUCGGCUCAUUUUCACCUCCUGA